UUACUCUCUUAUCUUUCUCGCAACUAUUUCAGGUCGUCUUCUCUUUCUCAGAGACACAACAUAACACCACAGUGAGAAAACAAAACAAGUGCAAUGAGCAAUUUCCAGAGAAUAUCGCACGAAUCCUACCCUCCACCAGGAUACGGAUCUCCUUACCCUCCACCGCAACCAGGUUACCCAUCGGCGCCGCCGCAAGAAGGCUACCCUCCGCCGCCUCCGCCGGGAUACGGGGGUUAUCCUCCGCCGCCGCAUCCGCCAUAUGACUCGUACCAGGGGUAUUUCGAUAACGGGCGUCCUCCGCCACCUCCUCCGCCCCACUACCACUACCAGCACCAGCAUGUGGCGCAUCAUCACCAUCACGAGGAGCGUGAAUGCUUUCCGUUCCUCCGAGGAUGCUUGGCAGCGCUUUGCUGCUGUUGUGUGCUAGAGGAGUGUUGCUUCUGAUAAUGACAUUACAAAUGCUGUUUCUUCAGUUUGGUGCACUUGGUUAUAGCUCUCUAGACAUGUAUGUGGCUCAAAUUCUACAUAAUAAGAGUGCGAGGUGGAAAGACUUGGUCAUUCUCGUAACACUUUGGUCUUUCCCCUCAACCAAAUUUCUGGUCUGUGCAUAGGUUCUGUGGUGUGGUCUAUGUGAAUUUAUUUGUACGAACACUAUAUUGGAAAUCGUGAAACGUCUCUUAUAACAGACAAUGAAAUGGUUAAAAUUGUGACAAA